AUGACUAUGUUGAAUGUAUUGAAUAUUUAAGAUAGAUUAGAGACAUAUAUAAAUAACCAUCAACUAUUUUUUGAAUUUUAAUUAUUAAAAUCAAGGGCAUAAAGAGAGAUAUAUUCACCAAAAUUUCAUUACUAAUUAGAUGAUUGGGUAUAGUCUAAUUCAAAGAUAGCAAUACCUCAUUCUUUAUAAAAGAAAAUAGACUCUUUAUGUGUGUGUGUGUGUGUGUGUGUGAGUGAGUGGGGGGGGGGGGGGGGAUUAAUAUUUUCUUUAGUAGGGCUUUAAUACUAAGGGACUUAAUCUAUGAUUUACUCAGUUGUCUCUAAUAUAAAUUGAUUGAGGGACUGAAAGGAGAGACAUAGUUUUUGGGGAACCAUGAGGCAAGUAGAGAGGAUGCAAACUUAUUUAUAAUUAGAGAAAUUCAUGGGGAAACAAAACCAAUAAUUUUAUUCAUAUAUCCUUAGCUCUUAGUCCUAAUAAUAGUACCCAUGUGGCUUAGCCAAAGGGAUAGCUACUUAUUCACUAUGUCAUGUUCAUUUUGACACCACUAGCAAAUGAUCAUCCUUUUAAUCUUUGAUGUGGGCACUUCUUGCCCUCUCGUCAACACCCAAUUAUUUAUGCGAACUAGUUGUCAUCUUGAAUAAGAUUAUACACUAAUCCUAUGAUUAUAUCUAGAAAGUAAAAGGGGGAUGAUGGGUCCCACUUAUGUUUGAUAUUCAUAAUCAAGUUCAUGAACCUCACCCUCAACUUUCAUGUCUUCUAAAAGUAACAGAUGGAGGCGUAGAUGGGUUAUUGCCAAAACAUUGUUGGUAAAAUGAGAUGGGAACCAUCAAGAAAGUGACCUCCCUUAAUAUUGCAAUAAAUGGAUAAAAAUAUAAUUUAAUAUACAUUGUAUGAUAUGAUAAGUAGAUAGCAUCCUUUGCACGCCAAGUGAAAGUCAACCUAAGAAUUCUUAUUAUUUUUUUUGCAAGAGGAGAGAGCAUGGUGCUAACUCUUUGGGUGACAUUUGGUGUUGACAAAUCAAUGCUUGAUGGUUUAGAUGUGACUUUGAGUAGGUGGCUUUGUUUCAGUUCUUUGAUCUAAUCUAAAUUCUAUAAUAAUUAGGUAUCAUUUUAAGCAAAAAAAUAACUUACUCUGUAUGAUAAGACUGGACUAAGGAAGGAAAGAUGGACCCAACAUAAGAUAUAUGUCUCCAACAUAGAAGGAUAUAACAUACCAUUUUAG